GUAAGGUUAAGGAUGGCUCGUUUGAGGGGAUCUUCCCUCUUCCAUGUGUUCACUGGUUUGCUGCUAGCAACACAGUUCUUACCUGAGUUUCUGCUGGCUGGCCCCGUAGCCCAGCGUUUAAAAGGAGAUGAUGGAAUCAAUGAUGAGGCAGGCAUUGAGGCAGGCCCAAAGAGACUAAUUCGUAACAAGAGAAACAUCAGUUGGUACAAGCAGCACUCUGACUUCUGGGGUUGGUACAAAUACUUCACAGACACUGGGAACCAAGAAGGAGUUGCACAGCUGGAUCGUGUCUAUCUGGCAUACUUGCAGAACAAGAAUCGGGCUGAGGCACGUCGCUCCUACAAAAUGUACCUGCAGCACCUCGGUGACAUCUACACAUCUUGCGCCGAGUCUGAUGACCCAAACUGUGUGGCCUCCUAUACCAGCAGGCCCAAACCCAAAGCUGAGCCACCAGCGCCAGCUCCAAUCAAGUCUUGUGACCCUUACAGAGACCCAUACUGCUUGUACUCAAAGGGAUAUUCCAAUUACCCAUACCUGGACCCAGCCCCUGCCCCUGUCAAAGCCGCUGCUCCUGCCCCUGCACCAGUGAAAGCACCAGCCUACCUCCACAAGCCUGUUGUGAAGGAUCCAAAUUCUGGCUACUACUAUUAUUCCCCAUUGGUGCAGCCCUUCCUGUCAGCUGAGCAAAGAGCCGAGCUGUUGCGCAUCUGUGAUGCUGAGGACGUAGAGUGUCUGCAGUACCACCUGCGUGCUGCUUACGGAUACAAGCCUGCUGCUGCCCUUGCCCCAUCCUACGCCCAUCUUGGCUGUGACCCUAAGAGCGAUCCUCACUGUGCCCCCCAUCUGGUACAGAAGGCACCAUCUGGUCUGUAUCUGAGUCAUCCACAUUGUGACCCCCGUGUUGACCCAUACUGUGCUUAUGCUGCUGCUCUGGCAUCUGCCCAGAACCAGGAAGCCCCAUCUUCUCCAACCACCUUGGACAGACCCUGCAACCCUCUCUACAAUGACAACUGCAACCCUCUGACAGCCACAAGGUUUGCCAGCUUGGCCCCUCAAAAUCCAAAGGAUGAGCCCACUUCAGAUGCCGGCGCAAUGCGUGCACCACCCAGCCCUCAUCACGACCCUUACGCCAUGUUCCGUGAUGCGUCUGCUGGGGCUGACAUGCGUAGACGCCUUCCCAUCCAACUCCAGCCCCCAAGGCACCAACUGGAGGAAACCCAACAUCCUCUGGGACCCCGAGGCAAGACCAAAGAGGGGUAUGAGUGCUUCAUUGGCUAUGAUAAAGAGUGUUUCCCAUUGGGUUCCCAAAAUGAGCCCCGUUCUGGUACACACAGACAGCCAUCCUACUCUCCCGAAGCUUAUGAGCCACACUUGAAUGCAGAUGGAACCAGAAAUGGGGUGAUUGAGCCUGACCCACACUGCGACCCAGAGUACGACAGAAACUGCCGUUUACGCCGCUAUGAACCUGAGGCAGCCGAACGUGCCAGUCUUUCUCCUCAAGAGGAGCAUCAAGUGGCCCAGCCAACUCAGGAGCACCGCGAUGAGCAAGCCUACCAAGAGGAGGUCCCCCAAUAUCGUGAGGAGUCCUACUCUGAGACCCCAGGCUAUGACCAGCAGCAAUACGAUCCCUACAUGAGUGGACAGGAGGAUUCAUAUGCUGGAUAUGGCCCCCAGGAUCUAGGAGCAACUAGUUUUCAGGAUGUCCUGAGAGGAUACGGUGACCGAUACCCCAGCCAGAAUGACCCCCGUGCUUACACAGGAGACUACAGAAAGAAAUAAGGAACCUAUGACAAUGUAUACCAAGAAUUGUAGAACAGGACAGAAUGUGGGUUGUAAAUAAAUAUUAAAAUUCUCACUGAUAGAAAAGGUGCACAUGCCAACUACCAUAACAUAUAAAGACACAAUUUCACUUUGGUUUGCUCUAGAGUCUCAUAGCACUUUUAUAGGAAACUAUUUCUUUGCUUCUUGUGACAUUUUGCUGAUUAAAUUGGCCCAUAUAACUUGACUGCAUUGCAGUGAUUUUAGGGAUUGACUUUCAGACAGGGAGAGUAUUUUCUACUUCUCCAAAACUCUUUCACAGGAGUAUGUGAAAAAGAUUUUCAUAUCUUUGUAAAAAAACAAAACAAAUAUAGUGUGUAAGAGGUGAAUGGUGUACAUGAACAUAGUGUAAUCAUAACCAUCUCUAACAUUUUUGUCAUUUUUCCUAUGUAGAUUUACCCAGCAAUCUUCCUUCAAAUG